AUAUCUCGAUAAGCUUACUAUCCUUAGUUGUCACAGCCUGUGGUCUUGCUCUCUUUGGUGUCUCUCUGUUCGUGUCCUGGAAGCUUUGUUGGAUCCCUUGGCGAGAGCGUGGUCUGCCCUUUGGGAGCAAAGACAACAAACAAGAAUCACUGAACUACACAGAUACAGAGACCAAUGACCAUGACUACAGUGAGGAUUAUCUGGGUCAGCCUACAGCCUAUCCGGAGUCCUCCAUGAAGAUCAGCCACACGUCCCCUGAUAUUCCAUUAGAUGCUCAGGCGGGAAAUAAGGAGAACUGCGUACACAAUGUGCGAAUGCAUCGUCAGAUCACUGAACCAACCUCUUCUGCUCGGCAUAAUUCAAUCCGAAGACAGCUCAACCUCUCCAACCCCGACUUCAACAUCCAGCAGGUUCAGAAACAGGAGCAACUGACAGGGAUUGGCCGCAUUAAGCCGGAGCUGUAUAAACAAAGAUCAGUGGACACAGAUGAUGGCCGGAGGAGUAACAGCAAGGCAUGUGGAAAACUGAACUUUAUUCUGAAAUAUGACUGUGAUUUAGAGCAGCUGAUAGUGAAGAUACAUAAGGCCAUCAACCUGCCGGCAAAGGACUUCUCUGGAACUUCAGAUCCAUACGUGAAGAUAUAUCUACUCCCUGAUAGGAAAACCAAACACCAGACUAAAGUGCAUAGAAAGACCCUAAAUCCAGUAUUUGAUGAAGUUUUUUUAUUUACUGUCCCAUAUAAUGAUCUGAACGCAAGGAAACUCCAUUUCUCUGUGUAUGACUUUGACAGAUUCUCCAGGCAUGACUUGAUCGGCCAAGUGAUAGUGGAUAAUUUUUUAGAUUUGGCAGAUUUUCCCAGGGAAUGUAAUCUUUGGAAGGAUAUUGAAUAUGUCACCAAUGAUAACGUGGAUCUUGGUGACCUGAUGUUUUCACUCUGCUACCUUCCAACAGCUGGUAGACUAACUAUUACAAUAAUAAAGGCAAGAAAUUUAAAGGCAAUGGAUAUCACAGGAGCAUCAGAUCCCUACGUGAAGGUUUCUUUAAUGUGUGAAGGAAGGCGACUAAAGAAAAGAAAAACUUCCACCAAGAGGAAUACCCUUAAUCCCGUUUACAAUGAAGCCAUAGUCUUUGACGUCCCUCCAGAAAACAUUGACCAAAUUAACUUGUCGAUAGCUGUUAUGGAUUAUGACCGUGUAGGUCACAAUGAGGUCAUUGGAGUAUGUCAAGUAGGCAAUGAUGCAGAAAGCCUAGGUCGUGACCACUGGAACGAAAUGCUCUCGUACCCUCGGAAACCCAUUGCUCACUGGCAUCCUCUUGCAGAGGUAAGACUUUCAUUUCUUGCUUCCCUGUUACUAUAG